AUGGAUGACGUUGUAAUUAGUGGUAUUGGAUGCAGGCUUCCAGAAUCCGAUAAUUUGGAGGAAUUCUGGCAACAUCUCAUCAACAAAGAUGACAUGGUAACAGAAGAUAACAGAAGAUGGGAAUCAGGUCUCCACGGCUUACCAAGGAAAAGUGGCAAAAUUAAAGAUCUAAGUAGAUUCGAUGCUUCUUUUUUUGGUGUUCAUCCAAAACAAGCAAACACCAUGGACCCGCAGCUAAGAAUACUCAUGGAGUUAACUUACGAAGCAAUAGUAGAUGCAGGUAUUGAUCCCCAGAUAUUGAGAGGCACCAAUACUGGUGUAUUUGUUGGUGCUAACGGCUCGGAAACAUUUGAAGCACUCACCAGUGACGCCGAGGCAUUACUUGGAUACAGCAUGACUGGUUGUUGUCCCGCUAUGUUUGCUAAUAGAAUAUCCUAUUUCUUUGACUUCAAGGGGCCAAGUUAUCUGCUAAAUACAGCAUGCUCAUCCAGUUUACUUGCAAUGGAACAUGCAUUGAGAGCUAUCCGCAGUGGUCAUUGUGAUGCCGCCAUUGUAGCUGGUGUUAAUAUAAAUGUUAAACCCAAUACAUCAGUGCAGUUUAUGAAGCUUGGUAUGUUGUCUCCUGAAGGACUGUGCAAGUCAUUUGAUGAACAAGACAGUUCAAAUGUUGCCUUCCACUCCCACUACAUGGCCCAGAUUGCACCAAAUCUGAGAAAUGCUCUAACAAAGGUUAUCAAAUAUUCUCGUCAGAGAUCACCACGAUGGAUCAGUUCCUCCAUUCCACAAGACAACUGGAACACCAAACUAGCCAAGUAUAGCUCUGCUGACUACCAUGUAAAUAAUCUGGUCAAUCCUGUGCUAUUUCAAGAAGCCUUGUCUCAUGUACCAUCUAAUGCUAUCACAAUUGAAGUCUCUCCUCAUUGCCUGCUGCAAGCCAUUCUGAAACGCUCUCUCAGUUCAAACUGUGCCUUUAUUGGACUAAUGAAACGCAACUACCCAAACAAUCUUGAAUUCUUUUUGUCUAACAUUGGGAAAUGUUAUCUCAAUGGAAUGACAUUAAAAAUCAACAAACUAUUCCCAGAAGUGCAGUAUCCAGUAAUGAGAAAUACACCAUCCAUCGCUCCAUUGAUCCAUUGGGAUCACUCACAGCAAUGGCAUGUCCCAAAAGCCAGAGAUUUCUCCACAGGAAGUGGGCAAAGUAAUGCAAUGGUCUCGCACAUAAUUGAUGUAUCACCAUCAUCAGAAGACCAUUAUCUGCGUGAUCACUGCAUUGAUGGCAGAGUGUUAUACCCAGCCACAGGACACCUUCUUCUUGCAUGGAAAACUCUGGCUAAAAUACGUGGGUUACCAUACCAAAAGAUUCCAGUGGUCUUUGAAGAUUUCACAAUACAUAGAGCUACAGUUUUGCCUAGUCAAGGGGAUGUGACUCUAGAAGUGUGUCUAGCACCAACUACAGGAAUAUUUGAAGUUUCUGAAAGUAAUCAGUUAUGUGCAUCCGGCAAAGUAGAAAUCCCUGAUGAACCAUUGCAACUCCUUGAUGUCUUGGAGGACGAGGAAGACACUACAGUAGAUACUGAAUUAUUGGAGUUGUCUGCUAGUGAUGUAUACAAAGAACUCAGACUUCGAGGAUAUGAUUAUGGAGCAACUUUUCAAGGAAUAGUCCGGGCGGACAAUUCUGGUAACCAUGGAUGGCUUACAUGGAAUGGUAACUGGGUAUCUUUUAUUGACACAAUGAUACAAAUAAAGAUGUUACGACUUAGCCUUAGAUUGCCAACAAGAAUUAGAUCAAUCCGAAUAGAUCCUGUUGAACAUCUCAAGAGGGUGAUCUGCGAGCAGGGUGGACAGACUGAAGUGAAGGUGACUGUUGGUACAUACACUGAUAGAUGUAUUGCUGGUGGCAUAGAGAUAUAUGGUCUACAUACUACUGUGGCCCCAAGACGUCAAUUACAGCAAACUCUGUCAAACUGUGAACGUUAUAUAUUCGUACCAUAUGAUGAAAAACGAAUUGUGAGCGAUGAUCUGCAACUGGUGAAUUACCAACAGGUCUGUGAAAAAUACGCCCUAGAUCUCUUAUGUCAGGUCAGGAAAACGCGUCAUUAUCAAAAGAAUAUGUUAAACACUGAAAAGUCUAGAAUGGUAGUCAUUGACGAUGUAAAGAAAUACAUGAAUGAUCCAGAGUGUGGUCUGAUCAAAAUCAUUCUUACAAUCUACAAUCUGGAGAUAAGUGAAUCAUUCACUAAAGACGUACAGGAUGUAUUGAGUCUCAACUCUGAUCUGAUGCAGAAUGAUAAGUUACUGAGCAUUCUAACUAGUGGGAGAUAUCUAAAAUAUUGUCUUGAUGUGGUAACGGAGAACAUGCCAAGCAUGCAGAUGAAGAUUGUGGAAGUUAGGGGAAGUGGCUUGUACAGCAAAGUGAUUCCAAUAUUAAAUUCUUCACAACCAAUGCUACAGCUAAAAUAUAUCUUAUGUAAUCAAUCUGAAAAAGUCAUGUCGUUGAAAGGGGAGGAGUUUGCUUACACAAUGACAAAAUGGGAUCUUUCCGAAUUACCACCUGGUGAUGUCAAUUCAUCAGAUCUUGUUAUUGCAGAGGAUACUUUGAACAAGGCAAUCUCAAAUUAUCAAGGGAAGCCUAUGAAAGAGAAAAUCUGGUUGCUGGUGAAUGGUGCCGUGGAUUCUGGCAUUGUUGGUUUGUUGAACUGUUUAAAGCAGGAACCAGGUGGAAAUAGAAUUAGAUGCAUAUUCAAUGCUAGUCUGGAGAAUGACGCCAAACUACUAGACCUGGGGGACAAAACAUUGAAAAAGAUAAUGCAUCAAGACUUAGUGAUGAAUAUUUACCGUGAUGGCGAAUGGGGAUCAUUUCGUCAUGUACCAUUCAGCACUUCCACUAAAUCCAGCACUAUCCUGACACCACAUGCAUAUGUUAACGUAUUGACACGUGGGGAUCUCAGUUCACUGAAAUGGAUCGAAUCACCUAUGAAAUAUGCAACCCCAGAAUUCAUUGGUCAGAGCAAGGAGAUUUGUAAUGUUUAUUACGCAUCUCUUAAUUUCCGAGACAUCAUGUUGGCCACCGGUAAACUACCUCCUGAUGCUCUACCAGCUAAUAUUGCUUCUUACGAUUGUGUAUUGGGAAUGGAAUUCUCUGGUCGUAACACUGCAGGCCAGCGUGUGAUGGGACUGGUAACUGCUAAAGGUCUAGCAACCACAGUGAGUGUUGAUAAAGACUUCACCUGGGCUAUACCGCAGUCAUGGACUAUGGAGGAGGCUGCCUCAGUUCCUGUUGUCUAUGCGACCGUAUACUAUGCACUGAUUGUCCGAGGGCAGCUGAAAAAGGGAGAGAGUGUUCUAAUACAUUGUGGAUCAGGUGGUGUUGGACAGGCUGCCAUUUCCGUGGCCCUACAUCAGGGGUGUCAAGUAUUCACAACAGUUGGUUCCCAGGAAAAGAAGGAUUACAUAAUGAAAAGAUUCCCAGAAAUGAAUGAAGAACAUUUCGGUAAUUCAAGGGAUUCCACUUUUGAGCAGAAGAUACUGAUAGCCACUAAGGGAAAGGGUGUUAACGUUGUUUUAAACUCCUUGGCUGGACAGAAGUUACAGGCAAGCACCAGAAUACUGGCACGUCAUGGUCGAUUCCUGGAAAUUGGCAAAUAUGAUCUUUCCAAUAAUUCACCACUGGGUAUGUCUCUGUUUUUGCGUAAUGUAACAUUCCAUGGUAUCUUGCUGGAUGCCCUGUUCGAAGGUGACAACCCAGACUGGCAGUUGGUUUAUGAUUUAGUCUCUCAGGGAAUUGAAUCCGGAGCUGUACAGCCACUGAAAACAACAGUAUUUACACAUGAUAAUGUUGAGGGCGCUUUUCGAUUUAUGGCACAAGGCAAACAUAUUGGUAAAGUGCUAAUCCAGGUUUGCAGGGAAGAAUCGGGUUGUGUAACUGUGUCCAGCCCUGUACAAAUCCCUGCAAUAUCACGUAGUGUGUGUCAUCCCAAGAAAACGUACAUUAUAACUGGUGGUCUUGGAGGGUUUGGUUUGGAGUUAGCUAACUGGCUAGUUGAGAGAGGAGCACUUCACCUUGUUCUGACGUCUAGAUCAGGUAUUCGCAAUGGCUAUCAGAGUCGGCGUGUGAAACAAUGGCGCGACCUUGGAGUCCAGGUCACCAUCUUGUCUGUAGACAUAACUGAAAGUGAUGGAGCUGAGAAAUUAAUAAAAGACUCCAGCCGAAUUGCACCCGUUGGAGGAUUAUUUCAUCUUGCAAUGGUUUUGAAAGAUGGCUUAUUUGAAAACCAGACCCCUCAGACAUUCCAAUCAGUCUGUGCUGCCAAGUAUGUUGGUGCAUACAAUCUGGACCAAGCUACUCGUAAGCUCUGUGCUGAAAGUAUGGACUGGUUUGUUGUGUAUUCUUCCAUUGUGAGUGGACGUGGCAACGCUGGACAGACUAAUUAUGGAUUUGCAAACUCCGCCAUGGAAAGAAUAUGUGAAAAGAGAUAUUAUGAUGGAUAUCCAGCAUUGGCCAUACAAUGGGGUGCUAUCCAAGAUGUUGGUAUUGUGCCAGAAACAAUGGGCUACAAUAUUUCAGUAGUAGGGGGUACAGUGCCUCAGAAAGUUGCCUCCUAUCUGUCUACUUUAGAUACUUUCCUUGCUCAACAACACCCAGUGGUGUCUAGCUAUGUACUGCCAGAUGCAUCAAAUUAUGUCAUGUCUGAAGAGGCGCCUACCAAACGCCGCACAUUGGUAGAUUCUAUUGGACAUAUUUUAGGUGUCGAUGAUCCAUCCACUUUGAAUCCUACUACAACUCUGGGUGAUCUGGGACUGGAUUCGUUGAUGGGUGUUGAAAUUCGGCAGACUUUGGAACGAGACUACAAUAUUGUCAUGACAAUGCAUGACAUCAGACAACUCACAAUGAAUAAAUUAAAAUCGAGCUGCAAAGAUAACUGUUUAGAUAAAAGAUAA